GUGAGCCGAAAUUACUUAACGUUAUUCUCACCUGAAACCUCUCGUUAAAUAGUAUAGGUGGCUUAAGUUAAUAUAUUUGUACAGUACAGCAAGUUGAGAGGCGGUUGGCUUGAGUUUCGUUGGGUUGUCGUCGUGUCUCUGACAGAGGUGGUAUGAAGGCUCACAGCAGUAGAGUCGGAGUGUUUGUCCGAAUCAGACCAACGGCACACUUCUCUCAAGACCUCAUUGAAUGUCUUCCUGACGGACAGUGAACAUCCAUCACAGAAAAGACUCAAGGAAGCCCCAGGACUCCAGGAAAAGUCAGCUGAGUUCCUGGUCAUUCCAGCUGGCAGGCAUCCUGCAGGAUGUAUCCCAGGAGGAGUUGUACGCCAGAGUGUGUAGGCGGGUGGUGCUGGGAGCACUGGAUGGCUAUAAUGGUACUUUAAUGUGUUUUGGGCAGACAGGCGCAGGAAAGACUUACACCAUGACAGGAUCCACCGAAUCGUACAAGCAAAGAGGCAUCAUUCCUCGGGCCCUUCAGGAGGUGUUUCAGGAGAUGGCCAAAAGGACUGAUUAUGCCUUCUCUGUGCACCUGUCCUACCUGGAGAUCUACAAUGAGAUCCUGGUGGACCUGCUGUCAUCGCUGCAAGAUUUACCACAACUGUCUCCUCGUGGCAUGGUGGUGGUGGAGGAGCCAGGCAGAGGGGUGUUCAUCAGGGGUCUGUCUCUUCACCCUGUCCACAGUGAGGAGGAGGCUCUCAACCUGCUGUUUGAGGGUGAGAUGAAUCGCAUUAUUGGAUCUCAUGCCUUGAACAGAAACUCCUCCAGGUCCCACUGUAUCUUCACUGUGCAUAUAGAGUCUCGCUCACGGACUUUGUCUGUUGCCAAGUAUGUCACUUCCAAGCUGAAUCUGGUGGAUUUGGCCGGGUCAGAGAGGCUGGGAAAGACCGGGUCAGAGGGUCAGAUGUUUAAAGAAGCCAUGUACAUCAACAAGUCGUUGUCUUUCCUGGAACAGGCCAUCCUGGCCCUGGCAGACCGUCGCAGAGACCAUGUUCCCUUCAGACAGAGUAAACUCACUCAUGCCCUCAAGGACUCACUGGGAGGGAACUGCAACACUGUGCUUGUGGCCAACAUCUAUGGUGAGGCUGCACAGAUAGAAGAAACACUCUCUACACUGCGUUUUGCCAGCAGAAUGAUGUGCGUCCGGACAAACCCUGCUGUUAAUGAACACAUGGAUCCAGCAGCUCAGAUCAAGAAACUUCAGAAGGACGUACACAUGCUGAAAGAGGAACUGUCCUUCUACAAUACAUUGGUGAACCGUCCGAGAGUUAUGUACGAGCCGUUGUCUGAAGCCCAGCUGGCUGAGAUCCACAGCCAGGUUCAGAGGUACCUAAAGGGAAGCCUGGAGGAAAUCAGUAUCAUAAGUAUCAGGCAGGUCCAAGCAGUGUUUGCCCAGUUCAAGCUUGCUGUGCAGGAACAGGAACAGAAGGUGAAGGCACAGCUAUGCCAGACCUUCAACUUGAUGGAGAAAGACCAAAGUGCUUACACAGCUGCUAUUAAGGAGUGGGAUACCAGAGGCAGCACUGAGGAUGUGGAGGCUCUUCGCCCAAGUUCGACCAAAGCCAACACUAAAAUGUCUAAGGACAAACAGAGCCAAAGCAAGAGACAGGGAGAGGGGAGUCCAGUUUCAAAGAAGCGUUUGGAGAGUGCCUCCAAAUCAAAGCUGAAUUUUGUCCAGAUGCCUGAGAGGGAACAGGAGUCACAAGAACCAGACACAGAGAGCCAGGACACGCAGGAAUCACAACCGCCUGGCAAUGAGCCCUUUAACCCUGACUCUACGCCAUCCAAAGCAGAAGCCUUUGAGGAUUUUAAAGUGGGACGAGGCAGCAAGAUCAACCGCAUCCUUAAGGAGAACAAGGCUGUGCUGCUGGAACGCCGCAGUCUUCUUCGACAGCUCACUGAGGAGAUCAAUGAUGUCAAGAGAGAGAUCGACUGCACCACAGCAACUAUACAGCAGCAUUUGACGAGAGGAGGUCAAGGUCAGUAUUUGGUUAUGGAGGGGGAGCCAGUGCUGCAGGAGCCAGAUGGCACUUCAUUGAUGCAGCUCAGAGAGCUGAAGGCCCUGUACCGGCAGCGAUAUGAGGUGCUACGUGACGUCAAGGCAGAAGUCAACUACUGUCAACACCUUGUGGAUCAGUGUAGGGUGCGCCUGCUCUCUGAAUUUGAGAACUGGUAUAAGAAAUCUUUCCUGGUGCCUGAAGAAGAGCUGGACAUAACCAUAGAUAGGACCCUUGAACAAGGGGAGGAUAACCAGCGGCUUCUUCCUGACAACUCCAGCUCUGAGUCCUUCUACAACGCCCGCUACAGAACGCUAAAAAGGAGGACGGCACUGUCUUUUACUCCAGUGCAGAGGAACUCGUCUGCAAGGUCUGGACAGAGAAGACUUCCUCCUAUUCUACCUGUUAGCUAAGUAACUAACUAAAGUGUCCACGUGCUAAAUUUUCCUUUUUAGGCAUUCACUUCUUCUCUUGGGGGUUUUCCACAUUUAAUCAAGUACAAAAGACAUAACACAAUGGAUCAGCUUCUUAAAUGAAAAGUAAAAUUUAUUAUUCCUGAACCACAAAAUAGACUUCUUUGGUUGUACAAAUUCACUAGUUACAGUCUUGUAUGAGCACUAACCCUUGACCCUAGGACUUCUGACCCUUUCCCUCCAACCUAGUUGCAAGUAAAAGCCUCCAAAGAGAACGCAAGACAAAAGAAUAAACAAAAACUUGAAACACUGCAUUAAUAAUGUAGUGAAACCCAUCUGAAAAAAAGAUUUACCUAACAAAGUUAAAAAAGAAGAAGAUAUCAGCCAUUGCAAAUGUUAUCAAACAAACUGAAUUUCAGUCAGUGAGAGCAACAUGGAAAGUUAUCAUUAGAAGACCCUACAUUAAAUUAACACAAAUGCUACUAAGCCGUGAUUCUUCAGAAAUACCCAUCAGAUACAUAAACUGACAGUAUGUCAAGCAGUGAACUGAAUAAGACCAAUGUCUUGAGAGGAAUUUCUAAUUGUUUCUGCCUCUCUCAGCUCUCCCAUUAACAAACCAAUAUACAUGCAGAGAGCAUCCCAAUACCAAGCCUGUCCAAAUCCAGAUGUGUCAGCAGUCCAGACACGUGCUUGGUCUAGGUCAAGACUGGCUCAGUUUCAAACCCAAAGUUUGCUUUCCUUUCAGUAUUUGUACAUUAUUCACACAAUAAUAAAUGAUUUUUCAGUGGCGUCAGAUUUAAAUAAACCUUAGACAGAAAAAUAAAAACACCUGCUACCUUCACGUCACUCUGGAACAUCCCAGAUAAUUCACGGUUAGAAAUGAAUGAUUCACAUUGAUAAAAUAAUACCCUAAACAGGGUAGGGUGAGUACCGUUAAUUAA